UUCCUAUUGGCAGGGCCUCUGUAUAUAUAAACCGUCGGUAAAAACAACACUCUGUCACUUCUGCCCAAUCCUAAUCAGGGAGUUAAUUUGAAGGAGUUCAAACGACCAUGAGAGUUCUACUUUUCGUUGUUCUUUUGGGCCUCGCUUUGGCCGACGAGGAGGAUAAUGUCGGCUGGAAUUGUGAUGGCCAGAACGGACAGAACUGUAACGACUUCUUCAGCCAGUUCCAACAAUGGCAGGCAAGCCAAUCUAGUGGUGGUAGCGGCGGAAGUGGUGGUAGCGGCGGAAGUGGUGGAAGCGGCGGAAGUGGAGGAUCUGGCGGUGGUGCCGGUGGUGCCGCAGCCGGAGCUGGAGCUGGAGCCGCAGCCGCAGCCGGAGCUGGUGCUGCAGCCGGAGCUGGUGUAGCUCUCGGCGCUGGGAUCGGUGCAGGUGGUCAUGGACAAACUGUGUAUCUUGUAAAUGGAGGCAAUUUCUUGCAGUCUCUCCUGGGCAGUGGUUCAGCUGCAGCUUCCGCUUCAGCAGCCGCAUUUGGUCGUGGUGCAGCCGCAGCAGGUGCAGGAGCAGCCGCUGGAUUUCGAGGAAGAGGCAGAUUUGGAGGAAGAGGUUCUGCCAGCGCUUCUGCAUCCGCUUCCGCUUUUGCCGGCGCUGGUGGACGGGGCAGACAAAUCAUCAUAAAUCGUCAUCAUUACAAUUUCAAUCACUAUAACCCAUGUUCAUACCCCUACGCCCUCCAAAACGCACACCUUUGUGGACAUUACUACCCACGACCCGCACCCUACCCCGUGCCUUAUUUCGGAGGAUCUGCCUCUGCUUCUGCUUCCGCCUCCGCCUUUAGUGCCGGUUCCGGAAUCUUCGACGGAGCUCUGAGUCGUGGUCCCUUUUCUGGUCGGGGAUUUUCUUCAGGCUUUAGACGCUCCGGAUCUGUAUUCGGUCAUGGUUCACGUUUUGGAGGGUCCAGGAGAGGUUCGGGUCUCAUUGACUCCAUCUAUAGCGGAAGUCGUCAUGGUGGAGCCGGUUAUUACCCCAAAAAACAUUAUGUAAGUUUUUAAAACUGAUAUCAUCAUUCGGUAAUGUUUCUAUAAAUAACCACUGGGUGAAAUACGUUUGACAUUAACAUUGCUAGCACCUGUAAACACGGUGUGUAUGUUUUUAAAAAUUACAAGCUUCAAACGUCAUGUCUGAUUUAACGGAAUAUCACUUGAACAAAGAACCGUUUUAUCAAUAAAACUACGAUGAGUUUAAUGCACAAGAAAAAUUGUCAUAAAAUGGCACAAUUUGUCCAGUGCAUUUUAACCAGAAUAAUUUCCCUGUUUCUUGUCAAUCUGAUUUCAUAUUAAUUUUUUAGGACCUUAAACUAAUAUCAUUUGUUUUUGUCAUUCCAGUGGUAAAGGCAGCCCCGUGAAACCACAAUCCUAGAUUUAUUGUAAUUGUUUGUAAAUAAAUGUUUGUUAUUUA